UGGGUGGUAUAGUGGAAGUAGUAAGGGCAGUUCAGCACAGUGCCUGAAUCGUCAGUGUUCGCUGGUCGAUUAGUUGGAAACAUUAGUUAUGAUUUUUACUGAAUUUUAAUUUGUAAAGAAAACUUUGAGGAACUCCCCGGAGACACUCGACACACAUACGUGACUCAGUUGUUUCUACAUUCUUGGUGCCGUAUGCAGUAAACUGCAACCUCCGGAGGACGCAGCAUCCGAAAUGAGACCCAGUGAAUAUAGAAACACUGUAUUGGGCGGUUCGUUGCCUCUGACUACUCCAACUAUCCAAUCAAAGGACGGGAAAUUGCUGACAUAAUCGUAUGCCUGCUAGAUGGCCCCAGUGACGACAACUCGAAAUCUGAUUGGUUAAGAUGGCUAACUGGCACCGUGUGCUGUGACCGUGGCACCCAGUCAUGGAUGGACACAUACCCAGAUUGUCGCUUAUCUUUGUUCUAUUGGCAGUAGUAGGAUUUAUACUGCUCAUUAGCAACAUCACAUCUCUGGAGGAUUUUAAUGAUCAACUAACAUCCACCUUCUACAAAAUACAGAGCAGUAUCCACUUAGCCUUUGAGCCUCCCGAUAAUGUGUUGCUGGCGGAGGUAAAUUACACGUACUGUGCACAAUUUGUCCAAAAGCCCACUGCAGAAGAGGCCAUAGAAGAGAGACAUUUGCUCAAUUCCACUGCAUGGCCAGAUCCACCAGUGAAAGACCUCCCUGUGGAGUUCAGCAGUAACCCUGCCAAGAGCUACUAUGUGAUUCAAGGUGAACCAGAGCAACACAUAGGUGGUCAGCUUGUGGUUAAUGUCCAUGUGCACAACUUCUUGGGCCUACCUAAGAGGCAUGGAGGAGAUUUCCUGACAGCCAGGCUGCAUUCACCCAAGCUAGGUGCUGGGGUUGUAGGGAAGGUGCAUGACCACAAUGAUGGGAACUAUACAGUGCUGUUCCCACUGCUGUGGGCUGGUGAAGUGCAAGUAGAAAUUACUAUGGUGCAUCCUAGUGAGGCAGUGGUGGUGCUUAAGAGAUUACGAAAGGAGCAAACUCACACAGUGAGUUUUAAAAGCCAGUUCCGCUCUGGUGGCCUAUCAGAGUCCACUGAGUGUGACAUGUGUCUUCCUCACAACCAGAAACCUCUCUGUAAUUACACUGAUCUUGAAACUGGAGAGCCCUGGUACUGCUACAAACCCAAAAAACUAGGCUGUGACACACGAAUAAAUCAUUACAAAGAGGGUUAUAGGAAGACCCUCUUAAACAAGAAUGAAGCAGAGUUUUUCAAGAGGGGAGUAAAUAUAAAAGUGCCUAUACCCGCAGCAAAGAUGGACCGUGUGACUGUAUUACCUGCAGAAAAUGAUCAAACCAAAGUAGAAAGUACUAACAAUGCUGCUGGCUACUACUUUCAAGAUACCUGGAGGUCUCUGAGUGGUUCAGCCAUCCAGCAUUUUACUAGCUCCUCAGCCAUAACAAGUUGUCUUAAAGGGAAGCUUGUGUACAUGCAUGGAGAUUCAACAAUACGCCAGUGGUUUGAGUACCUUGCUAAGUUUGUUCCUAACCUGAAACCAUUUAAUCUUUACAGCCCUAUUAUGGUAGGACCAUUCAUGCUUGUGGAUGACACUAACAAUAUUCUAGUGAAGUUUCGCUGCCAUGGGACGCCCCUCCGCUCCACCCCAGUGUACACCUCUGAACUGCGCUAUGUAGCAAAUGAGAUAGACAGGAUAGAGGGUGGGCCAAACACUGUAUAUAUUAUAAGUGUGUGGGCUCACUUCAGCACUUACCCAAUUGAAGCAUAUAUACGGCGACUACGGCAAAUACGGAAGGCUGUGGUGCGGCUGUUAAACCGUGAGCCAGAUACGUUGGUGGUGAUCCGCACUCCCAACAUGCAGAAGUUGAAUCCAGCAGAUAGCCUGUUCUAUAGCAACUGGUUCUGUCUGCAGAUUGAUACUGUGCUGCGUGGAAUGUUCAAAGGACUCAAUGUGAAGUUUCUGGAUGCCUGGGAAAUGGUGCUGGCCCAUUACCUACCACAUGACCUACACCCACCCCAACCCAUUAUUAAAAACAUGAUUGAUGUCAUCCUCUCCUAUAUCUGUCCAGCUGGGAAAACAUAAAAUGGUGUACAAAACCUUUGCCUUUAUUAACAUGUUAGUAAUAUAGCUGUGUGAAAUGUGUAAAUUGUAAUUAUGGUUCUGCAAAUAACUUUCAAAAGUUGAUAAAACAUGGUAAUGUAAUUUAGUCAGAUAUUUGAAAGCUGAUCCUACAUUUAAUAUGAGCAUUUUGUAAGCAAAAUGAGAGGAGCAUAAUUAUGAAACCUAUGAAAUCUUUUGCAUUUACAAAAGAUCAAAUACAAGUAUUUAAAUAAAUGAUUUUUAAGAUCAUUUUCCUA